AUGUCCCGCACCAAGGUUCCCCCUCAGGGCGUUUGGGCCCCCGCAGUAACGCUCUUCAACCCCGAGACUGAUGAACUGGACCUCGAGGCGCAAGCAAAGUACUACUCUUACCUGUCCAAGACGGGCCUCGCAGGCCUCGUUAUCCUGGGAACCAACGCCGAGGCCUUCCUCCUCACCCGUGAGGAGCGCAAGGCUCUCAUUGCCACCGCCCGCAAGGCCACCGGCCCCGAUUUCCCCAUCAUGGCCGGCUGCGGAGCUCACUCCACCAAGCAGGUUCUGGAGCUUCUCUCCGACGCCGCCGAAGCCGGCGCCAACUCCGCACUCGUCCUGCCUCCGGCAUAUUUCGGCAAGCAGACCACACCCGCUGUUAUUGACCGUUUCUUUGACGACGUCGCUACCGCUUCGCCCUUGCCUAUUGUUAUUUACAACUUCCCCAUCGUUUGCAACGGCAUUGACCUGGACAGUGCUACCAUUGCAAAGUACGCCAAGAAGUAUGACAACAUCGUGGGUGUCAAGCUUACCUGCGGAGCCGUCGCCAAGAUUGUGCGUCUCUCGGCCGAGCUGUCCCCCGAGAAGUUUGCCACCUACGGAGGCCAGUCCGACUUCUUGCUUGGCGGUCUCACCGUUGGCAGCGCAGGCUGCAUCGCUGCCUUUGCCAACGUGUUCCCCCGUGUGACGACCAAGAUCUACAAGCUGCACGCCGAGGGCAAGUCCACCGAGGCGCUGGCGCUGCACCAGAAGGCCGCACUGGCGGAGCAGGCGACGAAGGCCGGCAUCGCAACCAUCAAGUAUGCUGCUUCGGUAUUCACCGCGCCGCGUGCUGGUCUCGCCGGUCAGGAGAAGCUUUUCGACCCCCGCAGGCCGUACCUCCCUGCCAGUGAGGACCAGAAGAAGGCCGUGCACAGCUUGAUGAGCGAGCUGAACAAGCUCGAGGAAGAGCUUGCAGGAUCCAGCUAA